UUUUUUUUUUUUUCCAACACCGACUUCUUUUAGUAUUCUUAAUCAAACCCAAUUUUGUUUGUUUUCUGAGGAUAAACAAAACCAUCAGUUUAAUUUAUUUUUCAUUAAAACAAUUUGUAAUAUUUACUUUAAUAAAAUUUAUCUUAAGGUAUAUUUUGCUACUAAAAUAGUUUAUUUCAUUUACCAUUAAGUGUACCUAAAUUUUACUAUAUAAUAUUUAGAAUGAUAUAUGUAUAUAUAUAUAUAUAUAGAACAUAUGCACCUACAAUAAAAAAUGAAAGAAAGUUUUUGGUAUAUUCGAAAUAAUUUCAUGAUGUUAUGGGUACACAUACAUGUGAUUUUAUUCUGGUAAAAAAAAUUGAAUUUUGGGCCGUCCAUCCGUCCAUCUCAGGAUUGAAAAAUCCUUAAUUAAGUUUUUGGAAAUAUUUUGAACUUUUCCUUAAAAGUACAACAGAAAAUCUUAUAAAAACCAUUACAACGUCACGACAAAAGUAAAGUCAAGUAAACAGAAGCGCUUUAUGAGAUAAAAAAAAAAGGCAAAACAACCCAAGCACCGAUGAUGAUGAUGUCCGCCGGGGUAGAGCAAUUACGCAGAAAGAAGAGGAGAAGUGUUGAGUCUCCACCAUCAAUAAUGUCUUUGCCAUAUGACAUGGUUCUAAACAGCUUGGCCCGCGUGUCGAGAUCGGACCUAGGGGCCUUAUCUCUGGUCUCAAAGAGCAUCCGCUCGCUGGUGGCUUCGGCGGAGAUGUACGAGACCCGAUCUCGAAUGGGUUUGAGGGAGGAGUGCAUCUAUGUAUGCUUGGGAACUACUUUUGGCAGAAAGCCUUUGGAAUGGUUCAUCCUCAGAAGAAAAGGAGGACAAGGGAAUCGGCUGAUCCCGAUCCCGAUGCCUUCGUUCCCAUCUCGGCGCAGAGCUACCUAUGUCUCCAUGGGAUGCGGGAUCUAUGUAAUUGGAGGAAGUAUAGAAGCCAUGACGACAUCGCGUGUCUCGUUUCUUGAUUGUCGGACUCACACGUGGAGCCAACUCCCCUCCAUGAGAUUUGCUCGCUGUGACGCCAAGGCAGGCGUCUUAGACGGUAAGAUAUACGUCACGGGAGGCUGCGAUGAUGCAUUCUCCCCCGACAAUCCAGAGGUUUUCGAUCCAAAGACGCAGACUUGGAGCAGUGUGUGUAUACCUGCUCCCGUGAUGAACAAUGAGGUUUGCAAGGUGGUUGGGCCGGAUAAUAUUAUUUCGUUCAAAUUUUGGAGUGAAGAAGGUUUGUGGAAUGAUUUCUUUUUAAACGCAAGAGGAGAUGAUGAUGAUUGUUGUGGUGGUGCAAUAAUAGACAGAUUGUUAUUCAGUUGUGGUCUUGACGGGAUAAUCAAGUGGUGUGACCCUUGGAGUGGGGUGAGGAAAGGGAGCAUGGAGUGGUACAAGGUGAAUGGUUUGGAAGAUCUUCAAGGGUUCCUCAAGUUUGACCGUACCAACAUCAAUACAAUCCUUUUUUAUGGGGAGGGGGCGGAUGUGUGGAAUUGCCAUAUGCUCAAGCGCGGUUACACCGACGGCCUCCUAGGCUUAAUUCCAGGUUUCAAAAUCCGCAAAUCCGCUGGCAACAUUGUCCCCUUCUGGAGCGUGCUCGUCGGGGACAAGUUGCAGAUUUGGUGUGCUGAGAUUUCACUUGAGAGGCGGCGCCAGGAUGGCCAGAUUUGGGGGAACAUUCAGUGCAUUGAUCAUGUCUUCACUAUGGACCCUAACCUUUAUGUUUUGUCUUCUAUUAAUGUUAGUCUUUGAACAUUACUUUUUUAUCUUUUAUUUAAGACUUGAUAGAUAAUUGUAUAACUCUAAAGGUGCUGGAUGCUAUUUAUGGUUAACCGAACCACCGAGAACAGAGCAGUGAGAAAAGUCAAAACAGAAUUGCGAAUCCAAGUAGGUUUUCAAGUUGUACAGUUAUUAGCAGUUUUGGAACACCAUAAUCAGGUCUUUCGCUUGCUACUCACAUGUGUUGAACUUGAAGCUGUGUGGUUAAGCCCAGAGUGUGUCAGCCACAUGCUGUAAAAAAUUGGAUUAUGUGCUUCUCCACCUAUGAAUGUUGAGUUCUAAUAAGGGGAACACAUCUAAAUCUUGGUGAGAAUGAUAAGACAAACCUCAAUUGUCAAGUUUAUGGUGCCACGUUAAGCAAUUCAGAGAUUUAAAUGUGUGUGGCAAGUGGCAAGUAGCAACCAAUCAUACAAAUAAAGACAAGCAUCUCCGCUUGAGGAAAUAUCAGACUGUUGAAUCUUUAUAUUGAUGUGUUGCAUUGCUGGAAAAAAAGGACGUUUCAGCUGAUUACUGGCUCUUCAUUUCAGUCCUCACUGUGGACCCUGGCCUCUAUGUUUUGACUUCUAUUAAUAUUCGUCUUUGAAUAAUUUAUAUUUUUAUUUAAGACUUGAUAUUCUUUGUUUCUGUUGUCAAGUGUGUUUCUUCUUGUUCUUCUACGGCAUAUAGUGAAUGAUGGUCAAUUUGGGUUAUAAACUAUUGAGAUUAGACUAGUUCCUACAUCGGUAACACAUUGAGUUGGUGCACUCUUCGUUUGCUCUGACGUUAAGAUAGCUCAACACCAUUCGCUAGCUAGCAUGUUAGUACCAUUCGCUAGCUAGCAUGUUAGUAUCAUUGGGCACAGAACACAAAGAUUUGAAAUUGUGCUUACCGUUGUUGGUGAAGUCGUGGAGAGUUUUUGAUGUACAGAAAGUAAUGUGGAUGCCAUUACUGAUACAUUAUGCAUCACAUCGAGUAAGAAUCAUAUAUUAACAUAGCUAGAGAAUUCUCUAUAGGAAAUUAUUGAUAUUUCAAAAUAGUCAUAUCUUUCUCAUGAAAUUACGACUCUUGAUUUUACAAGAAUCUUUUACUACAUUGGAAAGAAAGAGGUGAAAAUAUUAUAAAUGGAAGAUGAAUUUCCGGAGUUCUUCCAUGGGGAAUCGUCGACGUUCAAGAGCAACAUCCCGGAACUGUUUCAUCUCUUGAACUGCUGCAAGAGUGGCUCUCGCGUUGUUGAGAGCAUUGUUGUUUCCGAGCUGUUUCUCCAACGAGUUCUCGAUUUAUGCCAUCUUUAGCGGCUAAAUAUAAUUUGUUUUUCUAUUAUAAAUUUUAUUUAGCUAUUUUUUUAUCAUUUUUAGUUAAUUAAAUUAUAUUUUAACAAGAAUUAAAAAAAUGCACAUUUCCAACGAAUUCCGACGAAAUAUUAUAGAGGAAAAAAAGUAUCAAAAUUUUGAAAUUUGUCAAAAAAAAUUAUGACGAAGAAGAUUACUUCAGGAAAUUUCCGACGGAUAGGAUUUUUUUUUUUCUUGACAAGUAUUGUCUAUUUGGAUUUUCAUUUUUUUUUAUGAUUUCCGGACGAAUUUUCCAACAGACAUUUUAGAGAAAUUCCCUUCAAUAAUCAUUUUUAGUUUAUUUUCACAAAAUAGCAUUCAAUGAAAAAUGAUCAAAGGAAGUUUUAUUAAAGGGUAAAAAUAUGUUUUUAUCCUAGGAUUAACUAAUGAACUUUGAGUUAGAGUUAGCGAGUAUAGUUUUGGAGAUAUGAUUUCAAAUUUUAAUAAAUAAAAAAUAAAUAUUAAAAUUUUCAAAAUAAAAAUGAAUUAUUUUGAACAUUUUCUGUUUUGGUAGCUAUUUUUGUAACAAAAACUUAAAAUAGCGAUUUGAGCAAAUUGCCCGACAUUUUACAUGAAGAUCUUUUGGGAAACCGUCAGUCGGACUCGGAAAGGUUAGAUAAAAUUUCAACGAAACGUGUACGUCGAAAAUUCAUCGGGAUUGCCGUUCCGAUGAAAAUUUCCGUUGACAUUAUGACAAUAUCCUGUUUUGUUGUAGUGUGUUAGUCAUCUUAAGCAAUCUCUAGAUUAGUCUCUGGUUCAUUUUUGAAACUUGAUUAUAUAGACAGAGGAAAGGAAGCUUGAAAGCUCAUAGCAAAUUGAAAAGGUGGCAAAAGUAAAUGAGUACUGUACUACAAAAGGCCCCACGCAGAACUCAGAAUUAACGUUGCUCGUUGCUGUCACGUGGAGAGGUUAAGGUUCCCCUGCCACUUCUCUUAUGUAUUGUCUAUUUCAAAAGUUAGUUUUUAAGAAAAAUGAAGCACAUAAUUUUACAAAUGUAUUCUACACGUGGUUUAUUCUAUCACAUUGUUCAAUAAAAUAAAAUAUAGACUUCAUGCAUGCAUAUUCCUUGU